CCAAUCAAUAUACACAAACAGGGAGGAGAAAAGAGAAUGCCGAUAAGGACACAGGGAAAGGGGCAGCGGGCCUUUGUCAUUUCCCAAAGUUUCCCAGCGGGAUCCCAGUGCCCUCUGCCCUUAAUCAAGAUGGCCGCCUUGGGGGCUCUAGCGCACGGUGGAAUAUGGCGGUGCUUCCGGUCCCGAUGCCCUCAGCGAAGAUGGCGGCAGUGGAGAAGCGGCGGCCAGCGGUAGCACCACCGGCUGGUUUCACCGACAGCGGCCGCCAGUCGGUAUCCCGGGCGGCGGGGGCGGCCGAGAGCGAGGAGGACUUCCUGCGGCAGGUCGGCGUGACGGAGAUGCUACGGGCGGCCCUGCUGAAGGUGCUGGAGGCGCGGCCCGAGGAACCGAUCGCCUUCCUGGCCCACUACUUCGAGAACAUGGGCCUGCGCUCGCCUGUAAACGGCGGCGCCGGGGAGCCCCCGGGCCAGCUCCUGCUGCAGCAGCAGCGCCUGGGCCGCGCACUGUGGCACCUUCGCCUGGCCCACCACUCCCAGAGGUGCGCAGCGGGCCGGCUUGGGCGGGUGGGGCGGUGGCGGACUUCAAUUCCCAGCAUGCCCCGCGCGGCUCCUUACCCGCAGCGCCGGCGCGGGGGCCCGGGACGUGCUGGGAGUUGUAGUCUGCGGUGCCUUUUUGGGAGGGAUGGACCGGACAAGGCGGGCUGGACGGUCCGGGCUUGGGUCCGGCGCUGGGCAGCGCGCUGCAUGCGGCGCGAGUCCUUCUGGCCGGCUUCGCGUCUGUGA